UAAUAUAAACAGCCACUGUUUAAGCUUUUUCGACGGAGAAAACUAGCAAUUUAUCAUCGAAAUGUCAGCAGGUUUAGUUAUAUUUGUGUUUCAUAUUUUAUGUGCGUUAGAGAACUGCUGUCGCUAGUUUACAAGAAGCGAUAAAUCAAUUUGAAGACGUUUCCCGCCAAUGUCGGUAGAUGGAGACAAACUGUUCAAAACUCAUGAAGGCACACGGACCUGGUCACAGUCUAGUGUCCACAAACACGGAGCAGCUCGCCUGGACGAUCAUUUAUGAUUUAUCGAGAUGAUAUGAAUGUCAAUCGGUCAAGGUCCGCUACCCCGAUGCAACAGCCACGACUGGAUUGCUCUGCUGGGAAACAUCUGCCUCAAGCAUUCGGAUGAAUUCCUGCUAAUUUCGCCCGAUAUCGAGCGGACGGAGAGAGGAUCGAGAUUGUUUGGAGCAAGCGUGGGAGCCUCACCGUGGGAAUGACAUGCUGCAGUACAGGCGAGACAAACUGGAAAAUAGAAAUGGAUCAGGAAACAUUGAUGAUGUGACUGCGACACCAUUCAGCGGAAAGAAAAAAUGCUUCCCAGUCGUCCCCUUGUGCAGAAAUCUUUAAUAUUUCCAAGUGAGCCGUUUGUUGUUUUUGCCAGAGGGCUGUGUGUAACACUGACUGAACAGGAUCUGUGAGACUAUAUUGUCCGCCUCGUUUUACAGUAUAACAAGUGACAUUAACCCCGAAGAAGCACCGAGGGCUGAUCUCAGCCUGAGCACUGGACAGGCACCAUGUCGGCGGUGAUGAUAACACGGAAGGUGCGAAAAUGGGAGAAGCUCCCGGGGAAGAACACUUUCUGCUGCGACGGACGGGUGAUGAUGGCCCGGCAGAAAGGAGUCUUCUACCUGACCCUGUUCCUCAUCGUCGGGACCUGCUCGCUCUUCUUCGCUUUCGAAUGUCCGUACCUGGCUCUCCAUCUGUCUCCCGCCAUCCCAGUUUUCGCUGUCCUGCUCUUCCUCUUUGUCAUUGCCAUGUUACUGAGGACCAGCUUCAGUGACCCCGGGGUGCUGCCACGCGCCCUCCCAGAGGAGGCCACGUUCAUCGAGAUGGAGAUCGAGGCCGCCAAUGGGAACGUCCCCGCAGGGCAGCGACCUCCGCCUCGAAUUCGCAACGUUCAGAUCAACAACCAGAUCGUCAAGCUCAAGUACUGCUACACCUGCAAGAUCUUCCGACCACCUCGAGCAUCUCACUGCAGCAUCUGUGACAACUGCGUCGAUCGUUUCGAUCACCACUGUCCGUGGGUCGGAAACUGCGUGGGAAAGAGGAACUACAGAUACUUCUACCUGUUCACCAUGUCCCUCUCCCUGCUCACCAUCUACAUCUUCACCUUCGACAUCGUGCACGUGGUGAUGCGUUCAGUGGAUAAAGGCUUUCUGAACACUUUGAAGGAAACACCUGGAACUGUGCUGGAGGUGCUGGUGUGCUUCUUCACCCUGUGGUCAGUGGUGGGACUGACCGGCUUCCACACCUACCUGAUCUCUCUCAACCAGACCACCAAUGAGGACAUUAAGGGAUCCUGGUCAGGAAAGAACCGAGUCCAGAACCCGUACAGCCACAAGAACAUCAUCAAAAACUGCUGCGAGGUGCUCUGUGGACCGACGUACCCGAGCGUCUUGGACAGAAGAGGACUGAUGGAGGAGGACGCGUCUAUUUCUGCAACUCCUGUUGCCCCCUCCUCCUCUUCCUCCACCACCACCAGCAGCAGCAGCAACCCAGUGCCACAAACCACGCAUGCUGUCCUCUGCCUGCAGAAAACCACGGCCCCGCUCAUCCCCAACGAGCACACACCUGACGACGCCAAGCCGAGCAUCGCUGCCUCAGCAGAGAAGAGCCCCUCCCCUAAAGAGGAGCACCCUCCUGCAAAGGUCCCGCCUCUGGCUUCACCCGAGACCGAUGUAGAAACAUCCAUCGCCAAGGACAAGACCCAUUAGCUGCAUGAGGGGGUCGGCUCGUGUCGUAGCCACUCCCACAACAACUCUGCCUGGUCAGGAACUGAAAUAUUAACGGUCGACGUCUGAUUACUGUGCAGGUGACUCAGUUCUUCUCCUGCCCUACAUUCCACCAGAAGAGCGGAGUUUCUGCGGCAGCUCCUCCUCUCCCCUCCUCUCCUCUCCUCUCCGGUAGCUGCAGAGCUGUUUGAUUGACACUUACUCCUGCAGGACGGGGAGAGAUUUAAUGGAAAGUCAGCAGCUUCCUCCCACUUCUGAACACUGCAUGGAAAAGACGAGCUGCAGAGACUAAACCCUCUCCGAGACUUCCCCGCAGGUCACCUGUGGGCCGUUCUGAUCGUCAGUACUACAUUUUGUUCUCCAUUUAAAACUGCAUCAAGACAUUUAUUGUGAGAAGCCAGUUGAAAUAUACUCCUUGCAAGUGUCUGGCAAAGACGGUCCUACUUCUGGACGUGUAUAAACCUUCAUACAUACAGUCAGUUUUCUCUUGUGUGCACAUUACAUGCCCUAUGCAAACCGAGAGGAGGCUGUACGAGCAUCUUUUUAUCGAGUGUGGACAGAAUGGUUACAGCUGUGAGUACACAUGAUGUCCAGGCAGGGGGAGGACAUGCAAAUCCUCAGCUGAGAGAUCCUGAAGGCUCCUUCCAGACCAAGUCGAAAUCUACCUUGUAUUCUGAUAUUGCUGCAUUCAGUACUGUUGUUCAAUACGUGCAUCUUCUUUUUUUUUUUUUUUUUUUUUUUUUAAAGUGAUCUGAUCCAGACCAACGCCUGUCCUUCCAUUUUUAUAUAAUCAAGGAUGUAGUGUGACGUUGGUGCUCGAAAAUAGACAUUUCUGUAACGCACAGUAACCAGGAGACGCUUUGCCAGAGUCCCAGUGUGUGUGUGUGUGUGUGUGUGUGUGUGCGUGCCUGCCUCUGUGUGUGUGUGUGUGUGAGAGAAAAGGCCUGACUUCUGAUGAUAGCAGACACUCGUAGUAACAGUGCCUUAUCACAACAGUCGCUCCAUCAAACGCAGCCGACAGAGAAGCCCGUCAGAUCUGUUCCAACCACCGCUGCAGUGUUAACCAGUGAGAAACACUGACGAGUCCCAGUGGUUCCCAACCUGACGUCUGAAAUCAAGCUAAAGAGUCGUGAGGUGAUUAAAGGACCAGCCUGACAUUUUGGGAAACAGCUCAUCAGGUGUCUUUCAGACACGUCUGUGUGGUAAAUAUGAAGCUGCAGCCAGGAAAUAGUUAGCUUAGCUUAGCAUAAAGACUGGAAACAGAGGGGAAAGUUAGCCUUCUGACAAAAUCAGCCUGCCAGUACCAUAAAACUAACUUAUUAAUGUUUUAUCUUAUUCGAUAUACAAAAAUGAAGCGUUUGGUGACACAUAGAAACCAUCGUUGAUAAAUUUGUAAAUUUAGUGUUCAUAGUUAUAUCACUAUUAACAUUUAAAUGCUUUAUAAUCAAUUUAUCAAGCAAUUAUUGUUGAGUUGCAACUGAUGCUCAUAAAACUUUAUUGCUUAAUAGUUCAUAGAGCAUUUAACUGUAACAGUAAAUUAACUAUCAAUUUGAGUUUAAUUAACUAUAAAUUAGGGACGUCGCAACAUCAAGAUAUUUACAAUAAUUAAAAAUACUGAUAUUGUGUAAAUAAUACACUCGUUAAUAUCUUACUGCUCUAAAAGAGAGAAAACACAAAGUAAACAAAGUUAAAGGUUGAGUUGAUUUCUGGAAGUUUCACCCCAAAGUUUCCUGAGCUUUAGAGAUGUUUGAAGAAGUCGGGUUGGUCUCAGUCCUGUCUCCUGUUAAACCAGCCGACCACAGAUUCAGUUUUUAGCUUCAUAUCUAACGUCUCGUCUAAUUCUCAGCAAGAAGUCAAAAGAAGACAAAAUGUCCAAAAAUUGUUUUAAAUGCACGAGAAAGUAGAAAAACACACAUUUCUUAUAAAUUGUAUGAAAUACUGCGAAGAUAUUAUUACAAAAAUCUAAUCUGAGAGGGAAACUAAAGACCACAGCUGGUAGAUGUUUGUGUCUGGAGGAGUUGGGAACCACUGAACCGACCUCGUGAGGCGGGAACGAAGCGAAGCCAUCGUUGAACUGUAAAUAGUCUUCAGCAGGUGAGGACGUCCUGAAACCCUCUCAGCUGAUCGGCGUGGGGGGAACGACCGCAGCAACUUUUACGUUUUCUUGGCUUCUUGUUUUUCUAAGAAUAAGAGCGGCCAGUGUUAAUUAUGCUUCCCGUGAGCUUGAGCACCUCCUCCUGCGAAUCACACCACAGCUGAUCUUCCUCUGACCUCCUGCCUCCUCCCCCUAUAACAAAACAGCUCCAAUAUUUAACUCCUCUUCUUCCUCUUCCUCCUCCUCUUCUUCUUCGCUGUGACAGUUUUUUCUCCAGCACGCCCGAGGCCGCUGCAAAUGCAGCUGGCUCGUUAUCGCAGAGAUGCAGAGAGAAAAAGACGCUUGAACCUUUGUGUUUUUUUUGUUUGUUUUUUUUCAACACAUCUGUGUGUUUCAGACGGAGCACGGAGAGUUUAUUUAGUUUUGGUCACAGAUCGCUCGAGGGGACGGCGUCUACACAAAGAGAAACAUGAGAGAGAGCAAAAGCUUAUUCUCAGUAUAUAAAUGAUGUUAGCUGAUAGCGAGAGUUUGUAAUAGUGAUUGUGUUUGUAUGCAAGACAGAGUUAGUGUUCGUGAAAUAUACUCGUGUAGAAACAAUUCUAGUGUGUCAACAGCGUUGUGGCAGACUCUGAAAUCUGACAGAGACUCGAGAUUUUCUCCUUUUAAGUCCAAACAUGUUUUUUUUUUUUGCAAACGCCGGGUGGAAAAUUAGUUUUAGGAUGCCGGGAUUGUUUUCUUUGUACCUUGGAGCAGUUUGAAGCUCAGGACUGAUACGAGACACUUAGAGAUGAUAAAAGAUAAACUGAAAUCUAUUUAAUUGAUUCAUCUUUGGAUGAUUUUCGUAAUUAAAUCAUGUUUUGUUUGGUUUGUUUGUCAAACAGUGCAAAACUCCAAAAUAAUCACUUUAGAAUCAGGAAAUAUUUUAGAUAUGAAAAGAUGGAAUUAGCAAAUAUUUGACAUGUUUGACAAUCGACUGAAAGCUUCAACUCCAGAUGAACUUUUAUCCGUGUUUGCUUUUCGCUACACUCUGAUAAGAAAAGAGGAGAUAACUGCACACUGAGCUACAUUAUCAUUUCUGUGAAGUAAAAAAAGAAAAAAGUAAAACUGCAAAAUUAUUUGUUGAAGCACGAAAUGAAGACAAAUGAACUUUCUUUGUGGAAAGUGUUUGAAGACAGUUUGGUGUAUUUUCGCUGUCACCGAGAAGCCAGAAUGUACGUGACUGAUAUUCGAUAAAUGAAGGGACGAUUGUGUUGAAGUAACAGAUUUUAAAAAGGGGACGUGUUGGAUUUUUAAUUUGAAGGUUUGCAGACAAGCCGAGCUCUUGUGUGUGCGAUCCCGUGACGUGGUCAGAUCUGAAUGCUCUGAUCAAUCUAUUGCAUUAUGUAUACAGAUACAGUAAUAUACCAUUGAUGGAACUCUUUAUUUAUGUUCACUUUGUUUAGUAUCAACACUGUGACUCAAUGUAUUUCAUUCAAUUUACUUCACUUCUUUUUACAUGAUCAAUGUGUCGGUAAAUAAACAAUAUUGUCUUAUUAUUA